GUACGUAACCCCAUUCGUUGAUGGCCUCCUUCAACUUCUCCACCUGGCCUCCACAGCUAACUCCAGAGCAAUUAGAAGCUCUGACACUCACCGCAACUACCUAUGCGCUCUCGCAUGGAUUACUAUACCUUCCACCUUCCCAAUCUCCUUCCAACACCCAACCACGUAUACCAACCACCGCGAUCCAUGCCCCCCUCUCACUCAUUCCCGCGCCCUUCCCCCGUGCGCAAUUCCAGGCUGCAAGAGGGCUGCAGAGCGUAUAUAACGUGUUAUAUGCGCGUAUAGCAAUGGAUACCCAAUUCUUAGAUACAGUGAUGGGCGCCGAGGAGGGCGUGGGCAAGGCGGAUGAGUUCACUGGGACGCUGUGGAGAGGGUGGAAGAACAUCAGGGAGUACGGCGUAGUACAACCGUUGCACCUCGGCCUGUUUAGAUCGGAUUAUCUCUUGCAUGCUGCGGAAGAUAGACUCGCGCUGAAGCAGGUCGAGUUUAAUACUAUCUCUUCGUCAUUUGGUCCACUUUCUGAGCGUGCGGCUGCUAUGCACAGAAAUAUCUUGGCGUCUACCUCCUACUUUUCUGCAUCCCCAUAUCUUACUGCAGACAAUUUCCCAGAGAACAGCACCACCUCUGGACUUGCGGAAGGUCUUGCCAAGGCCCACGCAGCGUAUGGCGUCCAAGACGCGCGCAUUUUGUUCGUCGUGCAACCCAACGAACGCAACGUAUUCGACCAACGAUGGCUAGAAUACGAAUUGCUCGAGAAACAUCAAAUUUGCGUCAUUCGUCAAACACUCGCCGACCUCGCCAUCUCCGCAUCUCUCGACCCCUCCACCCACGCCCUCACAAUCACACACGCCUCCCCCAAUCCAUCACCAUACGAAAUCUCCGCAAUAUACUUCCGCGCAUCCUACACGCCCUCCGACUUUCCUGCACCCUCCUACUACGACACUCGUUUCCUCCUUGAACGCAGCCGCGCCAUCAAAUGUCCAUCCCUUCCCCUACAACUCGCAGGCGGGAAGAAAGUCCAAGAAGCACUCACGCGCCCCGGGGUACUCGAGCGUUUUCUCAGUAAUGAAGGUGCAAAAUGGGGCACACACGCUCUCGAUCUCACAGCCCACGCAACAGAUAUCCGAGCCACCUGGAUGGGCAUGUGGGCGCUCGACUCGAAUGACACUGAUAUCGUCGCUGCGCUUGACCACCUCCAGGUUCCAGAACAAGGAAACGUACCGCCCGGAACCCGUCUUGCGCGCCUCAAAGCCUCCUCGCUUGUGUUAAAGCCCCAACGCGAAGGAGGGGGGAACAACGUCUACCGCGAAGCCAUUCCUGCAUUCCUAGACUCACUGCCCGCUGAAGAACGCGAAGCAUGGAUUGCAAUGGAGAUGAUCGAGACGCCACGCGGGGUAAGCGGUUACCUCGUACGCGCGUCCCCGUCCAGUUCGGAUCCCAACGAGGGAAGCACAGAGAAGAAAGUCGUACGCACGGAGGUUAUCUCUGAGCUGGGGAUCUUUGGGUAUGCGUUGUUUGGAGCGGGGGAGGUAGUGGAGAGGGAGGUGGGAUGGCUUGUGAGGACCAAGGGGACAGAGAGUAAUGAGGGUGGGGUUGCAGCUGGAUUUUCGGUGUUGGAUAGUGUGAUCCUUGUUUGAAGAAUUGUUGUUUACAGGAUGGAUGAUGUGUACGUUUAAACUGAAUUGUCGCUGGCGAACAGGGAUACUUGAAGAGCUUCUAUGAAAAGUACGUUCUAUUUUCAAAUAUCGUUUCCGAGCCCAACAACAAUAUUAGACACAUGCAUG